CCGAGAAGACGAUUAUAGUAGGCUUUAUUGUCAGGAUAAUAGUCAUGGAUAGUAGUGUCGAAUCCCGUGUGCUAGUACUCUAUACCGGCGGUACAAUUGGAAUGACCAGGAACAGUGACGGAGAUUUAGUGCCGGUUGAAAAUUACUUCAGUCAAGCAGUGAGAAGGAACACAAUUUUAAAUGAUGCGGACUAUGAGGCUAAGACGCAAAAAACAUAUGCUCUUCCGUUGAGUCAUGAUCAUACCACACGCGUACUAUACUUUAUUUGUGAGUAUUCGCCACUCAUAGACUCAAGUAAUAUUACGGUCCAGGAUUGGCAAAAACUUGCCGGUGACAUAGAAGACAACUACAAAGAUUACAAUGGAUUUGUGAUUGUACACGGUACCGACACCAUGGCAUACACGGCCUCUGCGCUUUCAUUCAUGUUUGAAAACCUCGGAAAACCUGUCAUCUUAACCGGGUCUCAGAUACCAUUGGAAGAAACCCUUAGUGAUGGUACCGGAAACUUACUUGGUGCUGUGUAUCUUGCCGGAAAUUAUCCCACAAUUUCAGAGGUAACAUUAUAUUUUGAUUACAAGCUGUUUCGGGGGAAUCGUGUCACAAAGCUUGUUAACAACGAACUGAAUGCCUUUGGAUCACCUAAUCUUGACCCGCUUGUCAGAAUGGAAAUCGACGUGGUAGUGGACUGGGAUAGUAUAUUGCAGCCGAAGUCUAUCGAGAAAUUUAAAGUUUUCACAAAUCUCAACUGUAAUGUUGGUUUACUGCGGCUCUUCCCUUCUAUUACUGUGGAAACUGUAAGAUCAUUCUUGAAAAAACCAAUGCAAGGUGUCGUCCUCCAGACCUAUGGAGCAGGCAAUGGACCUAGUGACCGCGAAGAAAUCUUGGCAGUACUUGAAGAAGCUUCUGACAGAGGAGUGCUGAUUUUAAAUUGUUCGCAGUGUAUUAAAGGAGUCGUUUCAGAUUCUUAUGAAACUGGAAGUGCGUUAAUAAAAGCCGGGGUAAUCCCAGGAGCCGAUAUCAAUCCUGAGGCUGGUCUGGCCAAACUCAGCUACGUUCUUAACAAAGAAAAAACAACGAACUGUCAGAAAAUUUUGCUUCAACGCAACUUACGCGGUGAGAUCCGAGUCAGUAAAGUGAAUAAUUUUUCACUUAAGGACUCAAAGUUUAUUCAGGCGAUCGUUGAUACUCUUGAAAUUGCGAACAGUCAGGAAGUGAAAUCAGUAAGCACCACACUACUCCCAGUGUUGAUGUGUGCCGCUGCCCAAAAUGGUGACCUGAACUUACUCAAACAAUAUGCGUCUAAGGGAGGGAAUUUAAGCCGAUGUGAUUAUGAUAAGAGGACACCUUUACAUAUGGCCGUGUGCGAAGGCCACGUUGAUAUUGUGAAGUAUCUUGUGGAGAGUGGCUGCUCCAUUUAUGCUAAAGAUCGUUUCGGAAAUACACCAUUUGUGGAAAGCUUACGGUACAGGAAUAUUGAGGUGAUUGAACUUAUAAAGCAGGCAGGGGGACACUCAACACCAGAAAUGUCUCAAAAGAUUCUGUCUUUGAUGAAGCAUGCUAUUGAGAUUGGCGAUGUUGAUGGACUGAAAGCAUUCCAUAUUGCUGAAGUAGACUUCAACACCUCUGAUGAAACUGGGAGGACAGCACUCCAUCGGGCAGUGGAACUGCAAAAAACUGAAUGCAUUAAAUACCUGUUGGAUAACGGUGCAAAUAUCGAUGCAAGUGACACAGAAGGACUCACUCCUUUAGGACUUUCACAGAAUUCUUCCUCUGAAGACAUAUCAGCACUCUUAAUGUCAUACAGUAAUGGCUCAAGAUUGUAAGUAGUCAAUCUGCUGGAAGUGAAAAAAAACUAUGAAAAUGUAAUGUUUUAAAGGCUUAUUUAAUCGUUAUUAGAGUCUACUAAUAUGUAAAAUAUACAUUGCGUUCUCACUUAGCCAAUGCCACUCGGACUACGGGUGCUGUACCUGGUUCUCUUCGCUUAUCCAAAAAACUUAAAAAUAAAUUCCAAACAUCCCAUAACUAAGGUUAUUAGAUGUGUCUUGAGACUACAUUCACAAACCCAUGUUGGUUACAAUGAAUAUAAAAUUAAAUUGGCUACCUUGUUUGUUGCAAAAGGUAAAUGUAUACAAAUUUAAAAUAAAUAUAAAUGGCAUAUCUCCUGUAUAUUUAUAUACUGGUAUUGAGUUUACUAACCAACUAUAAUACUAGAUUUUCUACUUCUAGAAUGUCAAUUUAUAAACCAAAAUCUGGUACAUACAGUGGAUUUUCAUUCAUUGAUACCGCUUUUAAUGAAGUACUGUAUUCCAUAUCUGUUUAAGCUACUAUCGACAUUAUUAUUGUUGAAUUUAUUUAAGUUGAUUACAAUUAAUUAUAGUGAUGGGUGUGUCACUUACGGAAGUGUAAUGUUAAUUUUGAUAUACUAUUGAUAUAUUUCUUUCAUACUUAAGAAAGUGUUAUGUUAAUGUUACUAUACAAUUGAUUUAUUUAGAAGAUUAUACUAGCUUGCUUGUGAUUGGCUAUGCUAUGUCACUGUAAGACAAUUAUUAAUAGUAUGAUUUGUUCAUGAGAUCAAGUUAAUAUAGGACUGUUUGUGAUUGUUUCACAUCAAAGAUUGUUUUGUGUAAUAUGUGCGGGAAAUUUAAUUUUAGUUAAGUUUGGUAACAGCUCUUCAAGACUGAACUUUGUCUUACUUGCGGCCUAGGCGUCGUAAUUGCAUGUAAGUGUAUGUGGAUUGCUGAGAACUAAAAUAAACUCAGAAUUUGAAGUUAAAGUAUA